UCAAAUAGGCCUGCUAAUUCCUGCAAGCACAUCCGGGACGCUGGAGACUCCAGAGGAGACGGGGAAUACUGGAUCGACCCUGAGAACAAAGGAAGCCCUUUGAAGGUCUAUUGCGACAUGACAACUGAUGGAGGAGGCUGGCUUCUCGUUUCCAACCUUGUGAUGGCCAACUCAAGUCGGUCCGUUCCGCUGUUGGUUGAGUGGUCGUACCAUGCUAUCAGCCAAUAUCACAGGAACAACAUGUUUCUGGCAAAAACGGCCAUGAAUGAGCUCAGAACAUACUUGAAUUUUACUCAGCUGAGAUUCCAUUGCAGCAAACGAUCGAAGCGUACGUUCCACGUGACCACAGCCGCUAAUAGCAUCGGAGAAGCUGUGGUCCAGUACUUCAGCGGUCAGACAGAUGCGCAACCAUACUCGUGUGAAUCUUUUGUCAGAAUGGAAGACGACAACUCAAAAUUAGCCAAGGUCUGCCAAGAGUGGGGGUCUAAGGACUUUAGAAAGCGUUACGUUGGUAAAUGGAGCUCAUCUAAUCGCAAUGACAACAGAUUGUACGAUCAUACUGUGAUCGUCUGGUGGACCUAUCACUGGAAUAUUCGGCCACCACAACGACGAUUUGACUGCGACGAUCUUGCACAUACAGUAUCUGCCGGUGAUUUCUGGAAAGUUUUUGUACGUUAG